AUGAGGGCCAGAAUCAACAAGGAUGGCGGAAAGAAGUCCGGGUUCGGCGAAAUUUGGCGACUUUUGAAGAUCGCACGACCUGAAUCAAAGGCGCUCAGCUUUGCCUUCUUUUUCCUCGUGGUCUCCUCAUCGAUGACCAUGGCAGUUCCUUUCUUUAUCGGUAAAAUUUGGACAGUGCAACUCAAAGUGCGGCCGAAGGUGGUGGCGAAUUGUUCGGCCUCAGCAUGUCCAUGUUUUACGCGGCUCUCCCGAGGAAUCCUCUUGCUCGGCGCUGGUGCGAACUAUGGGCGCAUUAUCAUUCUUCGGAUUGUCGGUGAGCAAAUCGUUGCCCGGCUACGUUCAAAGCCUUUCCGUCGAACAUUCGUGCAAGAUGCCGAGUUCUUCGAUGAAAACCGAGUUGGUGCCUUGAUCUCGCGCGUUAGCUCUGACACCAUUAUUGUUGGCAAGAGUAUCACGCAGAACUUGUCUGAUGGACUACGAGCUGGUGUCAGUGGCGCAGCUGGGUUCAAUCUGCUGGCUUAUACCUGCAAACCACGCCCGGGCCGCCCCAACCUAUGUUGGUGA